AUGGCGGCCGCGCCACCUCCCCCGGCCCCGCGCCUCGACUCCGUGCUCAGCUUCAGCGACGCCCCGGCCUCGCCCACCGUGUCCGCCGAGUCCGCCACGCUCGCCUUCUCCGACGCCGAGGACGCCGGCUUCGAGUUCGCGUUCGCGCCGCCGCUGUCGCCGCGCGCCGGCGCCUACCCCGCGCUCGCGCCGGCCGACGACCUCUUCGCGCACGGCCGCAUCGUCCCGGCGUACCCGCUCUUCGAUCGCCACCUCCUCCACGACGAGUCGUCGCCCGACCACCACCACCCGCAGCAGCAGGCGUCCACGGCCCCGCCGUCGCCGGACACGUACUGCGCGUGGGCGCCGCGGUCCGCGCCAGGGUCGCCGUCGCGGGAGCGGGACCCGCCGUUCCCCAAGUCCGCCUCCACCGGUGAGGCCCGCCGCUUCUGUCGCCUGCGGGACCUCGUUUCCGGCGGCGGCGGACGCUCCCAUAGCGACGGCAAGGAGAAGUUCGUCUUCCUGCAACCCAGUUCCAACUCCAACCCCGCGGCGCCGUCGAAGCCGUCUGUCCGGAAGCAGGGCAAGAAGCAGAAGGGUGGCAAGGCGGCAGGUGCCACCGAGAUGGACAUGGCCACCGCGCACAGGCUCUUCUACGGCAAGCCGGGCGCCGCCGCACUCGCCGGCGACAGGCCCAGGCAGCACCAGCAGCAGUCAUACCUCCCCUACCGCCCCGCCAUCGUCGGCUUCUUCGCCCGCUCGAACCAUCCCUAUUAG